CCCGCCCCCGCGCGCUGUGGCGCAGCAGGAAUUUGGCGGGGACCCGGGCGCUAUUUGCGGCUCCUGACGCGCCGGCGGCCCUCCGCUCAUUUCUAUUCUCGGGCCCCGGGGUCACCGCGCUCGGCCGGCCCCCUCCCCCGGGCCCGGAGGGUGUGUCCCCGCCGCAGGGCUCGCCGCGCCUAUAAGGGGCCGAGCGGCGGGCAGGGCCAUGCAGCUCUACAGCAGCGUCUGCACCCACUACCCCGCCGGGGCCCCGGGGCCCACGGCCGCCGCCCCCGCGCCGCCCGCCGCCGCCGCCGCCCCGUUCAAGGUCUCGCUGCAGCCGCCGGGCCCCGCCAGCGGCGCGCCCGAGCCCGAGUCCGGUGAGUGCCAGCCCGCCGCGGCCGCCGAGCCGCGGGAAGCCGCCGCCGCGCCCGCCGCCAAGAUGCCCGCCUUCUCGUCCUGCUUCGAGAUGGUGGCCGGGGCCACCGCCCCAGCCGCCGCCGCCGCCGCCGGGCCGCCCGGCGGGUCCUGCAAGCCGCCGCUGCCGCCGCACUACACGUCCACGGCGCAGAUCACCGUGCGCGCCCUGGGCGCCGAGCGGCUGCUGCUGCCCGGGCCCGAGCCCGCCGCCGCGCCCGCCGCGCCCGCCGCGCCCGCCGCGCCCCGCGGCCGCUGCCUGCUGCUGGCGCCCGCGCCCGGCGCCCCGGCCCCGCCGCGCCGCGCCGCCUCGGCCUGGCUCCUGGAGGAGCUGCUGCGGCCCGACGGCCCCGAGCCCGCGGGCGCCGACGCCGCCCGGGAGGCCUCCGAGCGAAACUUCCGACUGAGCGAGCACCGCCAGGCCCUGGCCGCCGCCAAGCCCCGGGGCCCCGCGCCGCCCCCGGGCAGCCCGGAGCCCGGCCCCGGGCCGUGGGCCGAGGAGCACCCGGCCGAGCGCAGCUGCCGCGCCUGGGAGAGGGCCGGCGAGCGCGGCGACCCGCCCGGCGCCCACGAGGCCCGGCGGCCCGAGCCCGAGCCCGAGGCGCCCCCGGGCCGCAGCGGCGACGCCGCCCCGGGCGGCGCGGCCGAGGCGGGGGUGGUCUCCAGGGCGGACCCCAGAGACGAGAAGCUGGCCCUGUACCUGGCCGAGGUGGAGAAGCAGGACAAGUACCUGCGGCAGCGGAAUAAGUACCGCUUCCACAUCAUCCCCGACGGCAACUGCCUCUACCGAGCCGUCAGCAAGACGGUGUACGGGGACCAGAGCCUGCACCGCGAGCUGCGGGAGCAGACGGUGCACUACAUCGCCGACCACCUAGACCACUUCAGCCCCCUGAUCGAGGGCGACGUGGGCGAGUUCAUCAUCGCAGCCGCCCAGGACGGCGCCUGGGCCGGCUACCCGGAGUUGCUGGCCAUGGGGCAGAUGCUGAAUGUCAAUAUCCACUUAACUACUGGAGGGAGGUUGGAGAGCCCCACGGUGUCCACCAUGAUCCACUAUUUGGGCCCCGAGGAUUCGCUGAGGCCCAGUAUCUGGCUGAGUUGGCUCAGUAACGGACAUUACGACGCGGUGUUUGAUCACUGCUAUCCCAAUCCCGAGUACGACAAUUGGUGCAAACAGACUCAGGUGCAGAGAAAACGCGACGAAGAGCUUGCCAAGUCCAUGGCCAUAUCCCUGUCCAAGAUGUAUAUCGAACAAAAUGCAUGCUCUUGAAGUGUCUGGACACCUACACCCUGGGAGAAUCGUAUACGUCAUUUGUGUUUGGAGAAUUAUAUGAACUCGAAUCAGGAUGGAGAAACUGAAGAACCCAAAUUCUGGGAUUUAAGAGCUUGCACUCUUCACUACACAAAACUUAUUUUAAGUUGAAUUAAAAAACAUCCGAGGUGAAGGAAAAUGCCACAGAGAAGCACUGAAACAGCCAGGGAUCUGGGAAGCAGAGAAACAUCCCAGGAUCAGGGAUCAGGGAAAAGCAAAUGGAAAGAUCAAAAGCAUAUUCAAGGCCUCUAAUUUGUAAUGAUGAGGAAAGACACUGACUGAAUGUAUAUUGUCAAGUGUAGGCUGAACAAGGACAGUGUGGUUUCAGUGAAGUGUCUGCUGAUCAGUGGAAUUCCCCUGGACCCUCUGAGUGAUUAUUCCCAAAACUACAGUGAGACUGGAUGGAAGUUACAGCCUGCUUCCUGCUGAACUGUGGGGAAAUAAGAGAAAGGUUCCAUUUGAUGCUUGAGACAAGAUUAAAUGACGAGAAAAUGCGACUAGAAAGGCUGGACAGAGCCAAGACAGCCAGGUUUGCUGACCGCUGCUCUAGGUGUCUGUAUUAAUCCACCCGCUAAGUUGUGCUGCAGAAGGAAAUGAUUGAAAACCGCAGUGGCUUACAACAAAGGGGCACUUCUCACUCACGUGACAUGACCUUUGAGGGUCAGCUUUGAUGUUUCACUCCAGGCUGCAGGCUGGAAGAGCAGACCCCAUAUGGAACAGUGCUGAUUUAGGAAAGAGGGAGAAGAGAGAAGGCAGAAUCACAAUAGCUCUUGAAGGUGGCACAUGUCAGUUUCACUCAUGUUUCAUUGGCUAAGAAAGUCGCAAGGCCACACACGUGGGGAA